AUGUCGCAACGCAAGAGACAGAAGACAGUAAUAGAUGGCACCAGCGCAAAUGGCACCAACGGACAUCCCAAGAGAACAUCAGACGCGUAUACGCCCACAGAGCAAUUGGAUCUGAACCAGGAUCCCGAUCGCCUAUUAUUUGCUUAUUGGGUUCCCAACGUUUCAGGCGGCCUUGUUGUCUCCAAGAUCGCUCAAAAAACGAAUUGGGACCUAUCAUCUAACGUGCGAUACGCAAAAACAGCCGAAGUGUAUGGUUUCGAGUAUGCGCUCACCCAAAUCCGUUUCACUGCAUCGUAUGGAGCCGAAAACCAGCACGAGAGUGUUUCGUUCUCCCAGGCGCUAUUGCACAACACGGAGCGUAUCAAACUCAUUGCCGCUAUACUUCCCGGACCGUGGAAUCCAACCGUCGCAGCAAAACAGAUUGCGAGUAUCGACAAUUACACUAAUGGACGUAUCGCUGUGAAUAUCGUUUCAGGCUGGAACAAGAGCGAAUUCACGAGUAUUGGGCAGUGGUGGCUCGAGCAUGCUGAGCGCUAUAGACGCUCUAACGAGUUUAUCCGCGCAUUGAAGGGCAUCUGGACUGCUGGGGAAGAGGGCUUCACUUUUGGCGGCGACUUUAAACCGCACCCAGAAAUCUUCCAAGGCGGAAACAGCGAUGACGCCCGGAACAACGGCGCUGAAGUCAGUGAUUGGUAUUUCAUGAACGGCAAUGAUCUGGAUGGUUUCCGCGAACAGAUUGCCGAUGUAAAAGAGCGCGCACGAAAAGCUGGGCGUGAAGGCAAAGUACGAUUUGCGGUCAACGGCUUCGUCAUCAUCCGCGAAACGGAGGAAGAAGCGAUUCGCGUACUGAAAGAGAUCCAAGGAAAAGCCGAUACGGAGGCCGUCGAGGCUUUCCGGGAAGCAGUCCAACAGGCUGGUGCCAGUACAGGUAAUAAAAAGGGCAUGUGGGCAGAUAGCAAGCUCGAAGACUUGGUGCAGUACAAUGACGGCUUCAAAACCAAAUUAAUUGGUACAAAAGAGCAGAUUGCAGAUCGGAUCUUAUUGCUGAAGAGUUUAGGAGUGAAUUUGGUGCUGACUGCGCAUUUGCACUAUGAGGAGGACAUUGAACGUUUUGGCAAAGAGGUAUUGCCUUUGGUCAGGAAGCUAGAAGCUGCAGGGAGAGGAAAGGAUGUUGAGGAUGAGAUCAGGCGUACGGGUGAUAUCUAUCGGAAGUCUUAG